AUGGAUUACUUCAAGUCCGCUUCCAAACGCACCCGGCAUGCCCUAAGCACUGACACCACUCUCAAUCGCACAGCACGUUAUAGCCGUACUGCUGUUCGUGCAUUCCCCUCUGCUGCCGGCCAAUACCUAGUUGAGAGAGUACCCGUCGUGCACUGGCUUCCAAAAUACAACCCGCGAUGGCUGCUUAACGACGUGCUCGCCGGUGUCACCGUCGGCGUGCUACUCAUUCCUCAGUCGUUGGCAUAUGCAAAGAUUGCAACCAUUCCCGGCGAGUAUGGACUCAUGUCCAGUUGGCUUCCCAAUUUCCUCGUUUUCAUGAUGGGGACGUCCAAAGAUCUUUCCACUGGGCCUACAUCGCUCAUGGGUCUCCUGACGGCUGAGAUCAUUCGCGAUAUCUCCUCUGAAGGGUACUCGCCACAAGUCAUCGCAUCUGCUGUUGCCAUGUCUGUCGGAAUAUACGCUUUGACUAUUGGCAUGCUCAAGCUCGGCUUCUUGUUGGAGUUCAUCUCUAUCCCUGUCUUGAAUGGCUUCAUUUCCGCCGCCGGUAUUGUCAUUAUGCUUGGACAAAUCCCUUCGCUAUUCGGCAUAACUGUCAGAACAGGUACAGCGAACAUCAUCCACGAUAUCUUCGCUAUGAUCCCACAAUACGACGGGCCAACCGUUGGUAUCGGGCUAGGUGGUCUCGUGCUUCUCGUCGCAAUGCAAAAAAUGGGUCAACGAUGGGGCAAGACGAACAAAGCCAUCUGGCUCCUUGCCUUGGGUCGAAGCGCUUUAGUCCUGAUCCUCUUCACAGGCAUCUCCUACGGCGUGAACAAGGACAGAGCCUCAGACCCCGUCUGGGCACUUAGCAAAGUGAAGUCCAACGGCAUCAACGCACCCCGCAUGCCGUCAGGAACCCUCAUCCAAAAGGUCUUUGCCCGCUCGGUCGCGCCCUUCAUCGCUGCUGCCAUCGAGCACCUUGCCAUUGCCAAAGCCUUUGGUCGCAAGAACGACUACAUCGUCGAUCCCGCGCAGGAACUCGUCUACCUCGGCUUCACAAACUUCUUCAACUCCUUCUUCUCUUCCAUGCCUGUCGGCGGCGCCAUGUCCCGCACAGCUGUCAACUCCGACUCAGGCGUCAAGUCUCCCGCAUACGGUCUGAUCGCCGGCGGUGUCGUCAUCCUAUCCAUCUUCAAGCUUAGCCCAGCACUGUACUGGAUCCCCAAGGCCACACUCGCAGCCAUCAUCGUCACAGCCGUGUGGCACGUCGUCGUGCCCCCCAAGGUCUUCUACGGCUACUGGAAGACAUCCCUCGUCGACUUCAUCACCGCCAUGCUCGCCUUCUGGCUCACCCUCUUCGUCAGCAGCGAAGUCGGCAUCGGCGCCGCCGUCGGCUUCAACAUCGUCUACCACCUCCUCUUCAUGGCCUUCCACCGCGUCCACCGCAUCACCCGCCUACCCCCCACCUCAAACCCCCACUCCGAACCCCUCCACAUCCCCAUCGACACACAAGUCUUCGCCAUCAACCAACCCAUCCUCUUCUUCAACGCCUUCCACAUCAAAAACCAAUGCCUCGACGCUGUCCAAACUUACAACUCCGGCACCCCCGUCACCACCGCCCAGCUCAACGACCGCACAUGGAGCGUCGCCGGCGCACGUCGCGCUAUCCGCCUCCGCAGGAAAGCUGACAUCGAACACGAACCCGUACAGAUCCGCACCGUCGUCCUCGACCUCAGCAAAGUCUACAACGUCGACGCCACGGGCUUGACGGCGCUGCAGGACUUUGUCGUCGACGUGCAGCGCUUCGCGGGUAAGGGCGCCGAGGUGCGGUUCGUCGGGCUGAAUCCCCGGGUUAGGGACAGGUUUGCGCGCUUUGGGUGGAGUGUUGUCGACUUUGGGUAUGAGGUGGAGGAGAAGGGGAGUGUGGUUUAUGCGAGUGUGGAGGAUGCGGUUGUGACGAGGAGGCGCGCGGGGUCGGAUUCCGAGGAGGAGGUUUCGGAGGUGUUGGUUGUGGAUAACGAGAAGGUUUAG